AUGUCGGAUACAAAUGAGACAGUAAAAGAAACCGGUGUUAAUCAUGAUGAAGAAGAUGAACAACAACAAGAAGAAGAAACAUGGCUAUAUGAAAAUGAAGGUUUUGUUGAUAGAGAUAAUACAGCUACACCAUUAAUUGAUGAAAUAGCAGCACAAGAAAUGGAUGUGAAAGAAAAUACAACAACAACAACAAUUCCAAUAGCAAUGUCAUCAAUUAGUAAUCAAGUAGAUGAGGAUUCAGAUUCAGAUGAUGAUGGAAUAAAAAUAACGAUAGGAAAUUAUGACCCAGAUGCAACAAAUUUUCAAAUAAAUCGACGAAAAAAUCGAGGAAUGUUAUCAGGAGUUCCUAUUAUGGCGUCAAAACUACCAACAAUACGUGGUAUAGAUUUGGAUGCACAAGGUGUUAUUAAUGGAAAACCAACGUAUGAAUAUGAUAUACUCAAUGCUUACAAAGAUGAAGAAAAGCCAUGGAAAAAACCAGGAGCAGAUAUUGUUGAUUAUUUUAAUUAUGGUUUUACCGAAGAAGUUUGGGCACAAUAUUGUAAUCGACAACGACAACUCUCUUCAGAUAAUAAUUUAGCACGUCUUAAUCCUGUACAUAACCCACAUAUGCCACCAAUGCAUUCUGAUCAUCCUUCAAUGAUGCAUACAAUGAAUAAUCCUCAUCCAAUGAUGAUGAUGAAUAGACCUCAAAACUUACAAAUGAUGACACGUCCUAUGAACAAUCGAAAAUCUGAUGGAAGAAUUGAUGUUAUUGGUGCAACUGAUCAAACUCCUGGUAAUAAUCAAUCAUCGAAUGGGCAAACGGUAGGUGAUCUCAUAUCAUCACCACAACCAGCAACUAAUAAUGGUCCUUCACCAUCUCAUGGAACAUUUUCAGGUACUCCUCAUCAUAUACCUCAAUUUGGUCUACAUCGAUUACCUAUGAUGCCUGUAUCGAAUGGUAUGCCAUUUCGACCUCCAUUUGGUCAUCUACAUAGACUCGGUGGUCCACAAUUUUAUCCUCAUGGACCUCCUAUGGGAAUGCAUGGUGAUAGACUUCAACGACCAUAUUUUGUACCUCAUUAUCCUCAACAACCAUGGGAUAAUGCUGGUAGACCUCCUAUGCAUCGUUUUCCACUUGAAACUAUUGGAUCAGCAAAUAGUGGUAAUGAACAUGCACCUUAUAAUAGAAGUCCAGCAGUUGAAGAUCAUUUAUCACGUACAUCAACACCAGAAGAAAAUCGUGCUAAUGGUGAUAGUGGUGCUACUAUUGGUGAUAUUGAUGAAGCAUCAAAAAAUGAUCGUUAUAAAGAACGAUACAGAAAUGAUCAGGAUUAUCAAUCACCGUCUGCUCGUGAUCGUCCACCAUCUAAAGAUCGUUCAUCAUCAUCCUAUCAUACACAUCGUCGUAGUAGAGAACAUGAAUAUGAACGACCGAAAAAUGAUAGAAAAUCAUCAAAAGAUCGAGAUGAUAAAUAUGAACGAUAUUCACGAAAACGACAUCAUAAAGAUGAUAGUAGUCAUCAACAUCAAGGUACUGAUGAAUCGACUCGUAUUGUUCGUUCAUUACAUCGUACACCUACAAAAGAUGGAUCUUCACCUUCAAAUGAUAUAUCUCAACUAUUAAAUAAACAACCAGAAAUAAUUGAAAUCGAUGCAACACCAUCAUCAACAAAUCGAGUACGUCGUGAUGAUUCUGAACGUUCAUCUUCACGACAUAAUCAUCAUAAAAAAUCUUCAAAACGAUCACGACAUGAUAGUGAUAAUGAACGAAGUAAUAGUCAACAUCAUCGAUGA